CUGGAAUUGACCCCCUUAAAAAUUAAAUUGUCCCCCUGUGGGGCAUGUGCCCCACGUUGGGAACCACUGCUCUAGCUGGAUGGCACUUCCUCCAGAUACCCACGUGGUUAGCUCCUCACUUUCUUUAGGUCAAAUUCAAAGUCAUCUUCUUUUAGUCUUCCUUGGCUACCUUAUUAUUGGAUCAUUUAUGUGGACAAAAAAAAAUCAUUAAGAAUUUGUCAAGGGUAGCCUUGGAGAAAGUGACAGGUGUUCAGAAGCUAACAUCUCCAAGAAAUAAAGAGAAAUGAUGUGGGAAUCCAUAGAUGUCUGUAGCAGGAGGAGAUAUAGUUUGAAUACAGAACUUCAAAGCUUGCAGAUGGUGGAGUUUAGAAAGGCAGGAAGAACAAUGAUCUGCAAUGACAAUGAGAACCAGAGGACACUUACUCUUCCUCCAGGCCCUGGAGUGUAAAGGGGUUCUAGCGAUGCAGGAGAUAAAUCUGUUACCUUUGGCAGAGCACAGGGGAUAAAGUAUUUGGCAGAGCACAAGGACUGAAGUAUUAUCAGAGGAGACACAAUUGUCGUUAGAACCAAGUGAGGAAAGAAUAGAGAAAAGAGAUGAGGAAGUAGAGUGAUGACCAUGAGCUCCAAAGGGCACACUUGGAAGGGCUUUGUGAGUAAUGGUACAUUAAGAGAUGGGCUCAGUCGUUGUAUACAACGGUAUGGAAAUGAGAGACUGAGCAAUUAGACAUGGAUGUUUGACGAAGUCAGGCACAAAGGGCAUGGUGGGAUUAGUGUGGAUGGCCCUUCAUUGGGACGUUGUGAGCACUCUACCAGCGAGUUCCUGUCCUGCUAGACAGAUCUAUUGAAAACGAUAACUCCUGCCAAUAUAUUUUUAAUUCACACGUCAUUUUCAAACAUCAGGUGAUUAGAUCAUUUGCACAGAAGUGUUUGCUUAGCUAGAUAAUUAACGAGAGAUUUAUUAACUUUCCAUCUUACUAUUGUAUGUUCAACUUGGAUAAUUUGUAUAUACAGAUAACAAUCAUUUCUAGCUAUCUAAAUUUUUAAAGUUGAAAGAAAAUAAACAAAACCACUGUUAUGUCAUGUUCUUAGGUAACCAUUCAAGUCAUGAUAUCAUCAUAGAACAUUUAUUUAAACAAGUACAUCUAAAAACAAAUUAUAACACUUUUAAAAACUCACACAAAAAUGAUGUGUAAUAUUCUUAAAUUGGGCCGAAAAAAAUAUUCUAUUGAAAUGUCAUUAAUAUUAACAAUUUCCAAGAUACUAUGCCUAAGGCUUUAUUUCUCUGAAAUCAGGUUGUAAAAAUAUGAGUGAGGAAGCCUCUGAGUUGUUUAGUUUUUAUCUGGAAACCUAACAUCUGAGAUGCACAAAGAACAAGGCAUACAAAAUUGGCAAAUGACUUUUUCAUCUUCUAUGAAUUUAUUCUUCCAAAAUUGAACAUGCUUCCCCCGGCUCCCCACUUUCUCUUACUGUUUUUUAGACCCUAGUUUCUCCUGAUUGAGUGAACCUACUCAAGAUGACAUCAGAAUCAUGUUGCUAUUAUCGAUGUCAAAAUGUUAAACGAAAUAAUGCAUGGAAUAUAUGUGAAAGUGCUUUGCAAAGUGGAAGUAAAGGUUUUUGGGAUAGAUAUAUGGGAAUAAAAGAUGGAACUGUAACCUGACUGUGGAUUUCUAAGGAAGAUUCAACACACAGAGGAAAAAAUAAACUAGUGGAUAGCCUUCAGGAACGAUGUCCUUUUGCCAUAAUGUAGUUAAUAUUUCCUGUGUGAACAGCAGCUGGUCAAAUGAUGUCCGUGCUUCCCUAUAUAGUUUAAUGGUGCCCAUCAUUCUGACCACAGUGGCUGGCAAUCUGAUAGUUAUUAUUUCCAUCUCACACUUCAAGCAACUUCAUACCCCAACUAAUUGGCUCAUUCAUUCCAUGGCCACGGUGGACUUCCUGCUGGGGUGCUUGGUCAUGCCUUACAGCAUGGUGAGGUCUGUUGAGCACUGCUGGCCUUUUGGAGAAGUCUUCUGUAAGAUUCACACCAGCACUGAUAUCAUGCUCAGCUCAGCAUCCAUUUUCCACUUGUCCUUCAUUUCCAUUGACCGAUACUAUGCUGUGUGUGACCCGUUGAGAUACAAAGCCAAGAUCAGUAUCUUGGUUAUUUUUGUGAUGAUCACCAUCAGCUGGGGCAUCCCUGCUCUUUUCGCAUUUGGAAUGAUCUUUCUGGGGCUGAACUUCAAAGGCGCUGAGCAGAUGUAUUACAAACACGCUCAUGGUUCAGGGGCCUGUUCUGUCUUCUUUAGCAAGACACCCGGGGUCCUGGCCUUUAUGACUUCUUUCUAUAUACCUGCAUCUAUUAUGUUGUAUGUCUAUUAUAGAAUAUAUCUCAUAGCUAGAGGGCAGGCAAGGUCGAUUAACAAUGCAAAUCAGCAGCUUCAAAUUGGAUUGGAAGAGAAAAACGGAAUUUCACGGAACAAAGAACGAAAAGCUGCAAAGACUUUAGGGAUUGUGAUGGGGGUUUUCCUCAUAUGCUGGUGUCCUUUCUUUGUCUGCACAGUCAUGGACCCUUUCCUGGACUAUACUAUCCCACCCCCCUUGAAUGAUGCAUUGAUUUGGUUUGGCUACUUGAACUCUACUUUUAAUCCAAUGAUUUAUGCAUUUUUCUAUCCCUGGUUCAGAAGAGCGUUGAAGAUGAUUCUAUUUGGUAAAAUUUUCCAAAAAGAUUCAUCUAGGUGUCAAUUAUUUUUAGAAUCAAAUCCAUAGAAUUACAAUACCUUACUGUUUUGCAAAACAGCUGGUGGUGAUAUUUAUGAACACAGCGUAAUCAACUACAUGCAUCAACUGCGUGGUCUUUAAGUCAGUUACUUGAUUUAAAGAAUGUAUAAUGAGACAGGAUGAUUAUAUCUUGCUUCCUACUUGGGAUGUAGUACAUAUGAUCUUUGCCAUUCUUACCAUACAUAUGAAGCUUUGCAAGUCCAGAAUGUAAGGUACUACAUUUAAAAAAACUUUUCCUGUUUUUUUCAGGUACCACCAUGGAUUUGAAAGUGGUCCUCUACUCAGUUAUUCAGUGGUAGAAACCAUAGGCUGCAUUGGAAAUGCAAAUUAGAGUACUUUGUCAUAUAUUUGCUUGAAUAUGUAUGGUUGUGUUGGUGUUAUUGUUGUUUUUUGGUAAAAUUACACAUAAAUGUUAUCUUUAAAUAAUUAUUUAUAUAGCUUUGCUUGUUAUAUGUACUUUGUUGUUGUUUUUUGGUAAAAUUAAUUAAUUUUAGCUGAUUUGUAAUCAGCUAAAAUUACACAUAAAUGUUAUUUAUUAAAUAAUUAUUUAUAUAUA